AUGGAGGAGAACAUCGCCUCCUACCUGAAGUUUCUGGAGGGGAACUACAGGAAGAUGUUGAUUGAAAACUCUGAGCUUUCCAACACCAUGAGGGCCAACGAGAAGACACAGGCCGAGUUGCGCAAGAGCAAUGUGGAGCUGGACAAGUUCAAAGUGGAGCUGCGCACCGUCAACGUGGAGCUGGACCAUGUCAAGGUGGAGCUGUGUAAGACCCACCGAGAAUUGGACCACCUCAAAAGCACCAAAGAACAAAUGGCCACGCAGAUGGCCCACAAGGAGGCGCGCUGGAGACGUGAGGAGGAGCUGCUCCAAGGCAAGGAAUCGCUGCACGACAACACUGACCAAAGGGAGAGACCAUAUCUGGACUGCUUUGUCGUAACCACUGAGGUCCAGGGCUUGGCAGAAAAGAACAACAUGGAGGAGAACGAGCAAGAAAUGGAUUGUCGUGAAAAGUCAGGGACUGACCAAAAGAAGAAUGAGGUGAAGGACGAGAAACAGAGUGACGGAGAGACACACAGCGAUCAUAGGACAGAGGAGAGGGUCAAUCACGACCACAAAGACCGAGAGAAUGGCCAAAAGGAGGAGGAAGAGAAGAAGACGGCGAAAGAUGAGAACAAGUGGGAUAGCGAUCAGUGGGUGGCGGAGAAGAUGGCGAAGAAGCAUAAUGAUGACAGGGAGGGAAAGGAGGAGGAGGAGGAGGAAGAAAUUGAUCGGGAGAAGAUGGCGGAGGAGAAGGAACAGGAAAGUGACAAGGCGGAGAAGAUGGAGAUGGAGCAAGGGAGAGCAAAUGGCAAAAAGGAGGAUGAGGAGAAGGUGGAGAGGCAGGAAGAAGAAGAGCGUCCCCAGGAGAAGGUGGAGAUGGAGAAACAGAGUGACGAUAAGUUGGAGAGGAAGAAGGAGCAAGAGAGUGAUGAGAAGAUGGAGAAGGCGCAAGAGAGGGAUGAGACGAUGGAGAGGUGGAAGGAGCAAAAGAGGGAUGAGAAAAUGGAGAGGGAGGUAGAGAGGGAUGAGAAGAUGGAGAGGACGAAGGAGCAACAGAGUGAUGAGAGGAUGGGGAGGAAGAAGGAGCAAGAGAGGGACGAGAAGAUGGACAGGGAGCAAGAGAGUGAUGAAAAGAUGGAGAGGUGGAAGGAGCAAAAGAGUGACGAGAAGAUGGAUAGGUGGAAGGAGCAAGAGAGUGAUGAAAAGAUGGAGAGGAAGAAGGAACACCAGAGUGACGAGAAGAUGGAGAGGAAGAAGGAACACCAGAGUGACGAGAAGAUGAAGAGGAAGAAAGAACACGAGCAACACAAGCAGAUGGAGAGGUGGAAGGAGCAAAAGAGUGAAGAGAAAAUGGAGAGGAAGAAGGAACACAAGAGUGAUGAGAAGAUGGAGAGGAGGAAGGAGCAAGAGAGUGACGAGAAGAUGGAGAAGUCAAUGGAUCAAGAGAGUGACACAAAAAUGGAGAGGAAGAAGGAACACGAGAGUGACGAGAAAAUGGAGAGGAAGAAGGAACACGAGAGUGACAAGAAAAUGGAGAGGAAGAAGGAACACGAGAGUGACGAGAAGAUGGAGGUGUGGACAGAGCAAGAGAGUGACGAGAAUAUGGAGAGGUGGAUGGAGCAAGAAAGUGACGAGAAAAUGGAGAGGAAGAAGGAACACGAGAGUGACAAGAAAAUGGAGAGGAAGAAGGAACACAAGAGUGACGAGAAGAUGGAGGUGUGGACAGAGCAAGAGAGUGACGAGAAGAUGGAGAGGUGGAUGGAGCAAGAAAGUGACGAGAAAAUGGAGAGGAAGAAGGAACACGAGAGUGACGAGAAGAUGGAGAGGAAGAAGGAACACGAGAGUGACGAGAAGAUGGAGAGGAAGAAGGAACACGACAGUGACGAGAAAAUGGAGAGGGAGAAGGCGCAAAAGAGUGACAAAAAAAUGGAGAGGAAGAAGGAACAUGAGACUGACGAGAAAAUGGAGAGGUGGACGGAGCAAGAGAAUGACGAGAAAAUGGAGAGGAAGAAGGAACACAAGAGGGAUGAGAAAAUGGAGAGGAAGAAAGAACACGAGAGUGAAGAGAAAAUGGAGAGGAAGAAGGAACACGAGAGUGACGAGAAGAUGGAGAGGGAGAAGGAGCAAGAGAACGGACAAAAAGAGAAAGAGGGGAAGGAGGACAUUAGCCAGAAGGAGAAAAAGGAGGAUGACCUACUCAGGGAGGAGAAAGGGAGCGAAGAGGAGGCACAAAGCGAUCAGAAGGAAGACAAAGAGGAGAAGAACAACAAGGAGAAGGAACAUUUUCAAAAGGAGAAGAAAGACACAAUGCUAUGGAAGGAGGACAGAGAGCAGGAGGAUAAAAAAGGCCAAAAGAACGAUGAGAGCCAGACGGCUUCAACAAGUUAUGAAAGGAGAGAGGACGAGUACAGACUGGAGGAGAAGUGGAAGGAGAGAAGAAUGGCACUGAUGGGGGAGUGGAGGGAGAGGGAGAGAAAGGAGCAGGAGAAGAAGAAGGAGAAAGACAAGAAGUUAAGGGAGGAAUGGGAAGAGCGGGAGAAGAGAGAGGAGGAGAGGAGGCGAGAGAGGGAGAGGAGAAUUCGGGCAGAGUGGAGGGCGAGGGAGAGGAGGGAGAUGGAGAGGAAGAGAGAGAGGGACAGACUCAAAGCCGAGUUGAAGGAGAGGGAUAAGAAGGAGGAGGAGCAGAAGAGGAGAGACAAGGAGGAGACCAAGGACAGGGAGAAAAGAGACAGGGUGGAGAGCAGCGGGGAGGAAGAGUACAGGGAGAAGAGGGAGCAGGAGAAACUGAAGGCGGAGUGGAGAGAGAGGGAGAAGAAAGAGGAGUGGAAGAGGAAGGACAGGGACAGGAAGCGCAAAGCCGAGUGGGAGGAGGUGCAGAGGAGAGACAAGGAGAAGAGGAAGGAGAGGGAGAAGAAGAGGGGAGACAAAAAAGAGAGCUCCUUCACUCAGAAGUUGAUGAGUCUCCUGUGCUGCAGAGGUCGCAAUUGA